AUGUUCCGUCCUGCAAGAGGUGCUUGGCUAAAGGCAUUGCUUGCGAGUAUGAAUCUGGUGUCAGGGCGCAGCGCCAGGUCUCCUGAAGGAACAGUUACUCUCGACGGCCAUGUCAAUGCCAAUGGACUCUCGUUAAUUUCACAGGAUGGUAGCGAAACGGUCGCUGCGGUAGAACAUUCACUUGAUCUAGGGUCGCUAUCGUCUGCUGCAGCGACUGCUACUACUACUCCCCCAGAUCGGCUGUCUACGCUCAGUGUUCAGCCCGCUCUCCUACAGGAGACUCUCGAUGGGUUUGACAUUUCCCUGUCGCUGCCAGACGAUAUUCCGAGUUUGUUUGAAACGUCGCGAGAAGAGAAUCAGAACCAGAAUCCUCUGCCAACUCUGGAACCCACGUACGAGGGAGAACCCUCCGGGGCUUCCGAUUCCCUCGCUGAUCAUCUGCCAUUCGACAAUGUGAUACCUAACCCCAUGAAUGGAAAUUCCCUACCGCUCAAUUACAGCAAUCUGGUGACGUACGGAGUCGGGAUCAGCCGACUUCCCCCACAUCCCACCGUCGAACAGCUCAUCGAGUUUACGCGCAACUACCCCCGACAGAUGCUCGACGUCGACUACUGGUCACCCUUUGUCCACCACGCUGCUCGCGCGGGGGCGUGGCAGAACCGCUGGCCGUCGCGCUCUCUUGCCUCGCAGCCAAACGCGACGUCUGGUUCUCAAUUCAAUUCGGCGCAGUUGUAUCAGCCGUAUCUCCUGAAGAUGACGAGAAAGCCGUGGCAAGAGCAUAUGGCCAUUCCGAAAGACCAUUCCGAUGAAGUCAGCUGGGAGAAGUGGCAGCUGGCCGAAACGCUCCGUCGAACCGUGCACCUCGUCAACGUGGUCAACAAGCUCGCCUGUUACACGGCCAAGGCGACUGCGCAGUUUUACGAACCGUUGGAUGACAAGUUCAUCCUCGAUAUUGCCCUCCCCGCGCCCGACGCCCUCUGGAAAGCCUGCACAGCGGCCGACCCGGGCACAAAUCAGCGAGCAGAGUUGGGAGGGAUUGACUCCGAGACGCGUACUCCAAUCACCAGAAUCCAGCAACCUCCUGUCCCUGUGUUCUGGCGGCAGUCAUCCCGAUUCGUCUGCAGAGUUGGCAAGACUGAUCAUGGCGUGCAUCCAGUUGCAUCCUCAGUAGAACACGAAAUCAAUCUCGCUCACCCAGCACGGCCUGCCGCUGAAGGUGACUGCAUUUUGACAUUCGAGACGGCUGUCUGGGUUCCCUGUGACCGCUGUCCGGCGCUCUCUCUCUUGUGUGACCGGUCACCCUCGCGCUGCAGGUCCGCUGGGCUGUACUCGUGGCCAAAUCAUGCCAGCCCCGUGAGGCUAUCCUGCAGCCCAACAGCCACAGAAUCCGCUCCUCCGCGCUGCAGUCCUUCGAAUGACUCCUCCGAUUCGUCGAUUUGCGCAUUCACUCUUUUCGCCUAUCCCUCCUACGGUCAUUGCUGCUUGGCAGGGCGCCCACGCCCUCUCCCUUGCCGCCUCUCAAAGGAAUUCACCCCCAAUCGAUCCAUCGUGGCCUCCGCUCCAGGAAACCCAGCCCUGUCGGGCCCGACUAAAGGGUCCACAGAUUCAGACAGGUUGCUGAGGGAUCAUCAAGACCAUCUAGAUGACGAAGAAAACGACGAGAUGGCCCUGUCGCGUCCGCCGCUGCAUCGCCCAGGAGAUGGCCGUUCACAACAGCCGUUGCUGAAAGAUGAGCACCGUGGACGGCUCUCAAACACCUUUUCAGAGUCCUCCGAGCGAGGGUUGGCUCGACCAGGCUCUUCUCGCAGGUCGCAUCUCCGGAGUCGAACGCCCGACUAUGAGGCGAAGAACUCGACCCGCAGGAAAUACAUCUAUGCGGCGUUCUUUUUGCUCCUGAGUCUGGUGAGCUUUGUCGUCCAGACCGAGACGGCCGUCUAUAUCCAGCAUGAGCUCCACUGGGACAAACCAUAUGCAAUGCUCUACUUAACACAUGGUUCAUGGGUCCUCCUGUGGCCGAUUCAGCUGGUCAUCCUCCGGAUCCAAAAGCGGACACUGUCCUGGGAAGCCUUCUGGCGCCGACACGUCUAUCUGCUGCGCACAACGGCGCAGAUGGUCGAGACGCAAGAUCUGCAUCUGACGUCGCGCGAUUAUCGCCGGUCGCCGGUCCCGUACAUGCUGAAGACGACUGCGUUUGUUGCGAUGGCGCUGACCAUUGCGGGCGGCUCGUGGUAUGUGGCCGUCAACAUGACGACUCCCAGUGAUCUGACCGCCAUCUACAACUGCUCCGCCUUCUUUGCCUAUGCGUUCUCGGUGCCUCUUCUGAACGAAAAGCCCCGGUUCGACAAGAUCUUUUCGGUGGUGGUGGCCGUUGUGGGAGUCCUGGUGGUUGCGUAUGGAGACUCGGGUGCCCCCGACGACACGGCUGGUCCGGGGUCCGAGGGGAAGCAUGAGGCCGACAAUCGGCUGCUGGGCAACAUCAUCAUCGGGAUCGGGAGUGUUUUAUAUGGCUUGUACGAGGUUCUGUACAAGAAAUACGCGUGUCCGCCGGAGGGCACCAGCCCGGGCCGGAGCAUGAUUUUUGCGAACGCGGUGGGCAGCCUGCUCGGGUGCUUCACGCUGUUUGUCCUGUGGGUUCCGCUGCCGAUUCUCCACGUGUUGGGUUGGGAGACGUUCCAGUGGCCGACCGGAGAGGCUGGGUGGAUGAUGCUGAUUUCUGCCGCUGCCAAUGCCACCUUUUCUGGAGCGUUCCUUGUCCUGAUCUCGCUCACCUCACCCGUCCUCUCGUCCGUCGCCGCUCUGUUGACCAUCUUCCUCGUGGCUAUCGUGGACUGGAUGCUGACGGGCAAGCCACUGUCUGCCGCCGCCAUCACGGGCGGCCUUCUCAUCACUGUGGCGUUCUUGCUGCUGAGCUGGAGCACGUAUCGCGAGUUAGACGAAGAGCGGCGACGACGGCUGGCGGACGAGGGGCCGGAUUCGGAGAGCGACGAAUAA